AUGAGCAACGCAGAACCAAUAGUCGAUGUGGAGGCGGCGAGAAAAAAGUACGAAGAACGACGUCGUCGAAUUCAGCAAGAGGAGCAAAAAGAGCGGAGAGACGGAAUGAAUUUGUCAUCUGGAGAGGACGAAGACGACGUCGACGACCUCUUCCUCACUGCCAUGCAGAGGAAACGAGAAAAAGUUCGUAGAAAAUGGACUUCAGUACCACUUGGAACAGUAAAAAGAGAAAAAAGAAUUAGCGUUUCAAUAAUCUUCCAAAAUUUGUUUCUAGCCGACUGCCGCACUGAUGACAUCCGUCGCUAAAGGCUUCUUGUGCUUUAUACACAAGAACGAUUCCGAAAAAAUUCGCAAAAUUUCAGCGUCACCGUCAGGUACUUCUGAAGCAGGUGCUCGCGCCGACACUCAACCAAAAAGAGGAAAUCGAACGGAAACGGAAAAGGAAGGAGGAGGAGAAGCAGACGGAAGAGGCACGGAAGACACUGUUGGAGAAGCACGCAGAGAUCAUGGAAACACAGGGAGGUACGCGAAAGUUUACAGCAAUUUUCAAUAAUUUUGAAGCAGAAAUUACUAGUGAAACAAUCUACACGAAAUGAAGGAAAACAAUGAUUAAUUCAUUCAAUGCUUUCAGUGAUCGACGAAUCGGAGCGUCAAUUGCGAGAAGAAGCGGAGCUUUUGGACAAAGUGACACGUGGCGGGGGUCUUUUGGCAGUAGCCGAGCUCACGAAAGGAGAAAAGUACGAGGAGCCGAUCGUCACCGCGUUAGUUUGCCCCUUUUUUAUGAAAAUUAUAAAAACAAGUAGUUGUUGAAUGCCCUGGAAAACGAUACGAUUUCAGGUGGCGGCCGCCCGGACACAUCCGCCGCCAAACCGAGACAGACCAUGAAAAUCAGCGGCGACGACUGGGAAUCAGCUGCGAAGGCGAUGCGAUUCCGCCGCCGAUCGGCAGCUUUCUCGAGAUGAAGUUUCCCAAAAAUAUAUUGGAAUUCAUGCAGAAAAAGAAGGGAAUCGUGACGCCGACAGCCAUUCAAAUUCAGGGAGUUCCCGUCGCGUGAGUCUGAUGCUGCUUCAAAAGUUGUUCGAAUAGAUAAAUGCCAUUACUUCCAUGUUCUUAUUUUCAUAUAAAUUAGAAAACGAAAUUGUUCAGAUUGUGCGGCCGAGACAUGAUCGGAAUCGCGUCGACCGGAUCCGGAAAAACCAUGACAUUCGUGUUGCCGCUGGUGAUGUUUUGUUUGGAACAAGAGAUGAAAUUGGCAUUCAUGCGCAACGAGGGACCAUUCGGACUCAUCAUUGUCCCGUCUGUAAGCUCUUUAUUCUGAAUUGAAAGUGCAACUUUUGAGAGAACAAAAUUGCGUGUGGAUUCACGAAAAUUAACACAAGAAAACUCUCCACGCUCCUCGGAAACACAGAGCAUGAAUAGAUCGUCCGUUUUUCAUCCACAAUGGAAACUAUAUGCGCCUGAUACCCGGUGUAGCCUUGGGGGCAGGCUUGUGUCCAAUAAUUUUCAAUAGGAACCGAAUUUUUUGUUAAAAUUGAAAAAAUGAGUCUACAGUUUCACAUAGCCUUCACAUUUUGCUUCGUAAUCGUGUAACAUUGCUGUGAUGAAGAACGCACAUAAUUUCGAAUAAACCAUUUUGCAGCGAGAAUUGGCGCGACAGAUCUACGACCUGAUAAUCGAAAUGUUCGAGGCUAUGGGCGACUCGGGAAUGCCCCGAAUGAGGGCCGGACUGUGCAUCGGAGGAGUUCCGAUCGGAGAGCAGUCGAAAGAAUUCCGACAGUUUGUGCACACCUCUUUUCGAAUUAAAUGAUUACUGUGGAUUGCAGAGGGAUCCACAUUGUGGUCGCGACGCCCGGAAGACUUUCCGACAUGCUCACAAAGAAGAUUAUUAAUUUGGAGGUACCGCUUUGUUUUUGAAACUUGUUUUCACUAAUUUUUGAAAUGCAAAGCCGGCUCGUUGCAGGUGUGCCGAUAUCUGGUGCUCGACGAGGCGGAUCGGAUGCUCGACAUGGGAUUCGAGGACGAAAUUAAAUCGAUCUUCUAUUUUUUCAAAGCCCAGCGACAAACGCUCCUCUUCUCGGCCACAAUGCCCAAGAAAAUUCAGCAUUUCGCAAAAUCGGCUUUAGUCAAACCGAUUGUGAGUCGUGUUUUUCGGUUCAUGCUGAAUUUCUGAAGCGGAAGAAAACGCAUUUUUAUUCAGGUCGUGAACGUGGGCCGAGCGGGAGCCGCUUCUCUGAAUGUGCUCCAAGAGCUCGAAUUCGUGAGAUCCGAGAACAAACUGGUCCGCGUGCUCGAGUGCCUUCAGAAGACGUCGCCAAAGUGA